AUGUAUGCAUUGCCUACUAGUGUUGACCGUGCCUGUUACCUGUGCGUACCGCCUGACCCUGGUAUAGAACCUGCUGCUCGUGGUACUGGUGAGGCUGCUGCUCUAGGUGCUCGUGCGUCUCCUGCUCUAGGUGCUGGUGCGGCUGCUGCUCUAGGUGCUAGUGCGUCUCCUCCUCUGGGUGCUGGUGAGGCUGCUGCUCUAGGUGCUGGUGAGUCUGCUCUCUCUGGUACUGCGCCUGCUGCGGUCUUGCACACCUUCACCCUUGACUCAGGAGCUUCCCGCUCCUUCUUUCGCGACUGCACCACACUCACGCCGCUCAGUCGGCCAGUUCCAGUCUCCUUGGCAGACCCCUCCGGGGGUCCAGUCCUUGCUCACUACUCCACGGUUCUGCCGUGUCCGGCCGCCCCGUCUGGCUCGCUGUCAGGUCUUUACCUCCCCUCGUUCUCUACGAACUUGGUGAGUGGAGCUGACCUCCAGGAUGGGGGGGUUGACCAGUUCACUCCUGCGAGUCAGCUGGCGGCCCCCUGCGAGUGUCGCGCUUUGUCGCACGACACUCUCCUGUGGCACCACCGCCUUGGUCACCCCUCCCUGCCUCGCCUUCGUCGCAUGCACUCUCGCUCCCUGGUCUCUAGUCUUCCCAGGUCUCUGCCUGCCCUCCCUCCCUCGCCUGCGCCGCCCUGCAUUCCUUGCGUCGAGGGGCGGCAGCGCGCUGCUCCUCACUCCUCCUCGUUCCCUCCCACAGAGGCUCCUCUGCAGACGCUCCACCUGGACGUGUGGGGCCCAGCCCGCGUCCGUGGACAGGGCCACGAGCGGUACUUCCUGCUGGUUGUCGACGACUACACGCGCUACACCACGGUCUUCCCCUUGCAGAGCAAGGGGGAGGUCCCUGAUGUUUUGAUAACUUGGAUCCGCGCUGUUCGUCUCCAGCUCCGCAAGCGGUUCGAGCAUGACUUUCCUGUCCUGCGUCUGCACUCUGACAGAGUUGGUGAGUUCACCUCAAACCUCUUGGCAGCCUACUGUGCGGAGCACGGCAUCCGCCAGACGUACACGCUUCCGGCCUCUCCGCAGCAGAAUGGGGUUGCUGAGCGCCGCAUUGGCUUAGUCAUGGAGGUCGCUCGUACCUCCAUGAUCCAUGCGGCUGCCCCCCAUUUCCUGUGGCCGUUUGCGGUCCGGUACGCCGCGCAUCAGCUCAACCUCUGGCCCCGUGUCUCCUUGCCGGAGACCUCGCCCACACUGCUGUGGACGGGGAAGGUUGGCGAUGCGUCACGUUUCCGGGUCUGGGGUGCUCGUGCCUUUGUCCGCGAUACCACCGCGGACAAGCUCUCCGCCCGCGCUGUUCCAUGUGUCUUCCUUGGCUUUGUCCCUGACGCGCCCGGUUGUCGGUUCCCUUUUACUGUCUCUUCCCCUACCGCACUGCCCCUCUCCCCCCCCCCGCCGCUCUUCCUCGCUCCAGGUGCUCCCCAGGUAGACCCUCUCCCCACGCCAGGUCCUGCCCCUUCAGGUGUUUCUCAGGUAGACCCUCCUCCCUUGACUGCGCCGGUUGAGGUCACUGGUGACUCAGGUCCUGCUGAGGGUGGUCCUGCUCGGGGUGCUACUUCUGGGGGUGCUGAGCCUGGGGUUGCGGAGCCUGGGGGUGCUGAGCCUGGGGGUGCUGAGCCUGGGGGUGCGGAGCUUGAGGGUGUGGAGCCUGGAGGUGCUGAGCCUGAGUGUGAGGGGUCUGGGGGUGCUGCCCCUAGGGGUGAUGAGGCGUCUGGUGAGCAGUCACCCUCGAGCGGCCGUCUCCGUAGUCGCUCCGCUGGUGCCUCGCCGCUGCACUCUCGUCGUCGACUCCCCCUCUCCUCCCUGCAGCUGGUUGAGUGGUACCUUGGCCGUCAGGGCCGCGCUGCUGGAGCUGGAGGUUCUGGAGCUGCCGAGGAUGCGGACGCUGGAGGUUCUGGCGCUGGAUUUGGAGGUUCUGGAGCUGCUGAGGGUGCUGGCGCUGGAGGUUCUGGAGCUGCUGGAGGUGCUGGCGCUGAGGGUGCUGGCACUGGAGGUUCUGGAGCUGUUCGAGGUGCUGACGCUGAGGGUUCUGAGUCUGCUGUUGUGCGGUCUCCUUGGAGUAGCCGCCUUCGUCCACGUGUGCCUCUCACCUCACAGCAGCUGCACGACUAUGGUGCUGGUCCUUUGUCUACUGGAGGUGCUGGAGUCGCUGGUCCCGGAGGUGCUCGUACUGGAGGUACUGGAGCUGUUGGGGCUGGGGGUGCUGCGUCUGGAGGUGCUGCUGCUGGAGACACUGAAGCUGGAGACCCUGGGACUGGAGGUGCUGGUUCUGGGGGUGCUGCUGCUGGAGACACUGAGGUUGGAGACCCUGGGACUGGAGGUGUUGGUUCUGGGGCUGGAGCUGCUGGAGCUGCUGGAGCUGCCGGUACUGGUGCAGCUGCGCCGACACGACUUCCUGCUGAGCGUCGUGAGCCUGCGUCGCGUCCUGUCUCGCCUGUUCGUCCUGGUCGUACUGGUCGUCGUGUUCCUCGUUCGCGUCAGCCGGCUGUCCCCAGCACACACCUCGUAGUCCGUCGUCCUUCCUCUGCUCCGCAGCCUAUUCCUCUGCCGUCUCCUCCUGCGUCCUCUCUGCCUGACGUUCCGGACCCUGAGUCUGACCGGUUUCGUGCUGAGCACCCUACUGUCACGCGUCUGCUAGCCACUGUUGUCACUGACCCGUCGUUUGAGUCUACUGCUGCGUCUGCUCUGGUCGCUGAGCUUGUUGACUUUGCUGCUGCCUGUCGUCUAGACUUCGCUGCCAGUCUUGUUGCUCAGUCUGAGUCUGUCUGUCCUCCGUCCUUCGGGGGUGAGUGUGCUCUUAGCACGGACGUCCUUGAGGACAGGCACGAGGACCUUGAGUGUCUUGCGGCUGCUGCGCCUCAUCUCGUGGCCAUGCUGCUUGCCCCUGAGGGAGACCCGGAUGCACCAGACAUCCCCACCCCGCGCUCUUACGCUGAGGCGAUCGCGGGUGAGUACUCCUCUCAGUGGCAGACAGCCAUGGAUGCAGAGAUGGCAUCCUGGAAGUCCACAGGCACUUACAUCGAUGAGGUUCCCCCUCCUGGGGCGAACAUCGUUGAUGGCAUGUGGAUUUUCAAGGUGAAGCGGCCGCCAGGUUCUCUGCCUGUCUUCAAGGCUCGUUACGUUGCUAGAGGCUUCAGUCAGCGUGAGGGAGUUGACUUCUUCCAGACCUUCUCCCCUACCCCGAAGAUGACCACUCUUCGGGUGCUGCUGCACGUUGCCGCUCAGCGUGACUACGAGCUUCACUCUCUUGACUUCAGCACAGCCUUCUUACAGGGCAGCCUGCACGAGGAGAUCUGGCUGCGCCGCCCACCUGGCUUCACUGGGUCGUUCCCUCCUGGUACCCAGUGGAGCCUCCGGCGGCCAGUCUACGGUCUCCGCCAGGCGCCUCGUGAGUGGCACGACACACUGAGGACUACACUUGCGGCUCUUGGGUUUGCUCCUUCGACUGCUGACCCGUCACUGUUCCUGCGCACCGACACUUCGCUGCUGCCGUUCUACAUCCUCGUGUACGUCGACGACUUGGUCUUUGCCAUUGCUGACACUGAGGCUCUCGCUCAGGUGAAGUCGGAGCUGCAGAAGAGACACACGUGCACAGACCUGGGUGAGCUGCGCAGCUACCUUGGCUUGCAGAUCACCCUGACUCAGUCACACAUGGUGCAGCAGGUCCUUCAGCGCUUCGGCUUCACCUGGUCCUCGGCACAGGCCACUCCUCUGGCUACAGGUCACACGCUCUCAGCUCCACCUUCGGACGAGUCCGUAGAGCCGAGUGGUCCUUACCCAGAGUUAGUUGGCUGCCUCAUGUACCUGAUGACUUGCACUCGUCCUGACCUCGCGUACCCUCUUGAUCUUCUUGCUCGCUACGUGGCUCCUGGUCGGCACCGACCUGAGCACAUGGCUGCUGCUAAGAGGGUACUGCGCUACUUGUGCAGUACAUCAGGCAUGGGGCUAGUGCUUGGAGGGACGAGCCCAGUUGUCCUCACUGGGCACUCAGACGCUUCUUGGGUUGACGACCAGACUACUCAGCGGUCGUCACAGGGUUACACCUUCAGCCUUGGCUCUGGUUCAGUUUCUUGGCGUUCUACUCGCUCGUCUUUUGUUCUCAGCUCCACUUGUGAGGCUGAGAUCUACGCCAUAGCCAUGGCUGCACAGGAGUUACGCUGA